UGAAAAGUGCAUAAUGUUGAUUUGAUGUUUUUUUCUGGCUGUUUACCAUAUUUUAUAUAUUUCGUUUUCGUAUUUCGUGUUUCGUCUCCUCUCCAGGUCAGGUAGUGUUGGAUGGUGAUAGUUAAAUUCCGAAGGAAAUAGAUAAAAAUUUCAAUAAAACUGCCAAAAAAUAUUAAAUUUUUACUUCAAGUAAAUAAACCCAAACGUAAAAAUAUUAAGAAUAUACAAAAGUUAUUAAUUUGGUUCGUGAAAUAAAUUAAAAACAUACAAGUGCUGAACAAAAAUUCUGUUCAAAGUUCAAUGUUGUAACAAAAUAAGAAAAGAACAAACGAGAUAAAAAUUCCAUUACAAAAUCUCGAUAAAGAAAAAGAAUUUAAACAUUGUGUAUUUUGAUAACAUUCCAUUAUUACCCAGCUGAAGAAAAAGAGAUAAGCCACAAAAUACGCCUUUGUUAAAUCCUCCUUUUACCUCUAGGCCUACAAAGUCCACAACAACAUACAACAAAAACAACAACAGAGUGACCAGCCUCAACCUCGGCCCCAUCCCAGCAGUGCAGAGAAAAAGUUAUCAUCGACGGAACAAUAUGUCAUCAAUCGAAGAGAGGUUCAAUGCCGCUGUUAAUGUUAUAAAGAACCUUCCCAAGAAUGGGUCCUACCAACCAAGCAAUGCUAUGAUGUUGUCAUUUUAUGGAUACUUCAAGCAAGCAACCAUCGGACCCUGCAAACAGAAAAAACCUCAAUUCUGGGAUGUUGUUCGAAAAGCCAAAUGGGACGCCUGGUCAUCGUUGGGUGACUUGCCAAAAGAACGUGCAAUGCAACUUUACGUCGAUGAACUUCGUAAAAUCAUCGAAACAAUGUCAUACACCGAAAAUGUUGCCAAUUUUAUGGGAAGUGUAAGUGAGUUGGAUAGCAUCAAUUUGGAUGAUCUGGAAGCUGUGGCUCCGGGAAUUAUGAAAGUUGCACGAUCCCAUCCCAAUUCACCAUUUAAUUCACGUUGCAAUAGUCCUGAACCGGGACUAACUGCUAACGGAGAAAUUCAUCAAAACGGACUCUCAAAUGGCUCCGGAGGCGAAAGUGAAAUUGAUACUUUUAUGAUUUCUAAAUCUCAUCAUAGUCAGACUGUUGAUCAGUCUGAUGAUGAAUACACAGAUACAGUGGAGGAUAAUCAUGAGAUGCCUUCAUUUCGAAAACAAGUCAAAUCGCAAUACGUUCAUCCGUAUCAUAGUUCGUUCAAUUUUCAGUCACCAAGCGAACUUAGUGAUUUACCUAUCCUAGAAAAUAGUUCAAACCACAGGACUAACGAUACGAACCAACUUGUUUUGGAGCAAAUUCAAAGCACCGUGCGUCGUAUGAGUGCUGAUUUCGCUGCUAUAAAUCAACGUAUGACAGCGGUUGAGAAGAAUUUAUCCGACGUCAGCUCUGUACUUAAAAAGAUGCGUUUACAAAGAAAACCGGAAUGGUGGCCAUUUCAGGACAUCUCACCUCAGUGGUUUGUUUUCCUAAUAUUGUGGCCGUUUUUGGCUAACCGCCUAUCACGUAUGAUGCAACGAAGAAAAUAAAAACUGAGAAAAAAAAGCAAAAAUAAAAACAAUCCAGGUGUAUGUGGUGUAGUUGUAAAUCUUAACAAGGAAAAGCAUUCUAAUCAUUCUAAUUUUCUGUUUUUAAUUUUGUUAUGUUUUUAUUAUUAUUUUAAAUAUGUUUUAUUUUAUUUUGUUAUUUUUUUUUGAGAUGAAACUGCAUUUUUUGUGCUGCUCUUCAUUCUAAAUGAAAAAAAAACUAUAUAUCGUCGCCGUUCUAUUAAAUCUCCCUUACUCAAUUUUUUUUUGGUUUUGAGAUAUUUGCAUUUAAAGUUUAAAAUCAAUAUGCGAAUUGAUAGAUUUUGGCAGUUUUAAUUCCUUAUAUUUUUAAAAUGGUCCAUCGUAGAGCUAAGGGUGUUUUGAGAGAAUAUAAAUGUUGGCAUUUGCAUGAACACGACGAUAUCGUCGUCGGUCUUUGAAAACUCCCUAAGUCCAUUUUCCCCAAAAAUGAAAUAAAUACACUGAGUUCAUGCAAAUGACAAAAUUUAUUAUUUAUUUUUCAAAACUCCCUAAGCUUAACGAUGCACCAUUUUUAAAUUAUGAAGAAUUAAAACUCCCAAAAUCUAUUAAUUUGCAUGUUCAUUUAAAACUUUUAAUGCAAAUAUCUCAAAACUAAAAAUGUACUUAGGGAAUUUUAAUAGAACGACGACGUUAUUAUAUUCUGGUUGUUAAAAUGUGAACAAAAGAAAAACAAAACUCCAUAAGGAGAUAUUUAUAAAGUGCAAUGGUUUAUGAAACAUGACGAUUGAAGCGAAUAAAGGCAUCAAUAAUAAUUAUGAUAAUAGGAUGAUAGGUUUAUUUUUGAAAUUAAAAAAAAAAUAAAAACAAA